AUGAGCUAUUCAGAAAAGCAUAGAAGAAACACUUCUCCUAUAUUAAGAACAACAAGUGAAGACAGAAUUAAAUAAAAAUCAACUAAGGAAAGUAUAUAAGUGGAGUAAUAAAUAGAAAAAGUAUAAAAUCAUUUGUGAUUAGAUAUAACAAUAAUUAAAUAAAAAAUAUGAAGAUAGAAUGAUAUUUAUUGAAGAAACCCUAUAAGAACAUGAGGAGAAAUUUGAAAAUUUUAUUAAAUUAAUUAAAUUGCUUUAACAUUUUGCUACAACUUAAGAAUAAGAAAAUAAAAAUAUUAGAAAUCAUAUUAAUAUAUCAAUGGAAUAGUUAUAUAAUGAAGAAAUUAAUUAAAUAAAAGAAUAAAAUCUAAAUAUUGAAUAAUAAAUUUAAGAAAUUUAGAAAUCUUUUGGAGAAGAAUAACCAUAAAUUUUAGAAUUUGAAACCAUAAUGAAUAAAAAAAUUGAUGUAAUAAUGGAAGAAGUUAGACAAAGUGCUUUAAAAACAGAUUAUUAAAAAAUAGAAUAGAAAUUAUAAAAAUUGGAACAUAAUUUUUAAUAGGAAUUAAAUUAAAAGAGUAAUGAUUCUGAUAGAAUAUUAAAUAAUAGUUUAGUUUAUCAUAAUUAAUUAAAUGAUCUUAAGAUUGUCUUAAAUAGUGUCAUAGAAGAUUAAGAAUAAACAAAAAACUUUAUUAAAAAAAUAGAGAAUGAAUUAAAUUUAACUAAAUAAAAGGAAAAACAAUAUCAAAUAAGAACUUUAAUUACAAAAGAAUCUUAACAUACAGAAAGUGAUGUUAUGAGACCAAUUAGAGAUGUUAAAGAUAAUAACAAAAAUAAGGAUAAUAAAAGAAAUAAGAGUAAAUCUAGUUAAAGUAGAAGUGAAUCUAGGAAUGCUAGAUUAGAAACUAUAAAAAAAAGAAAAUAAGAUAGUGUUAAAGAAUUAAUUAAAAAACAUAAAUAAUCAUCAAGUAAAUAAUAUUGA